UGAGGCGUGCGGUGCUCCUAGAGUUGCCGUUGUGAUGCCGGGAACUUACUGGAGACAUGCCUAAGGGACGCAAUGGGCUUGAGCGACGAGAAGGAUCGCAUUGUGAUAAACGUGGGAGGUAUCAAACAUCAGACAUAUCGCGGUACCCUGCGUACCCUGCCCGGCACCCGCUUAUCCUGGCUCGCCGAACCCGACGCGCCUAGCCACUUCGACUGGGAUGACAAACAUGAGGAAUUCUUCUUCGACCGCCACCCGGGUGUUUUCGCCCAUAUCCUUAAUUAUUACCGGACAGGUAAACUGCACUGCCCUGCCGAUGUCUGCGGGCCACUGUAUGAGGAGGAACUGGCCUUCUGGGGCAUCGACGAGACGGACGUGGAGCCGUGCUGUUGGAUGACCUAUAGCCAGCACCGGGAGGCGGAAGAGGCACUUGAUAGUUUUGGCGGGGGGGCCCUGCUCGACCUGACUGGUAACGAUGAUCCAGACCCGGAGAUUACAGCCGACCAGGGUGACGGGGUUGGUGAUGAGGCUGAUGAGAUGACAAGGAGGCUGGCACAGGGGGAUUCUCCAGAUGCCAAGGCAGGGGGGGUUUGGGGCCGCUGGCAGAAACGCAUGUGGGCUCUGUUUGAAGACCCCUACUCCUCUAAAUACGCACGGUUCACUCAUGACUGCAUGGCCAGACACGACUCCAACACCAUCAAGUUUGCAGACGACACAACAGUGACAAAGGAGAUGAUUGUGAACUACAGGAAAAGGAGGAUCGAGCACGCCCCCAUUCUCAUCGACGGGCUGCAGUGGUGA